CGGAAGUUGUCGCCACCGUCGCCGCUCGCUUCACGGCUCUCGUCACAGCUGGGUGUCUGGCUCUCUGCACAAGUUGAGCAACAGCGGUAUGUCGGUUGGGAGAGAGCAAGUUGCUGCACGGAUUUCCCGGAGCUGCACAUAACUUAAGAUCCAGAAUGCUGAGAAGAGGAUGAAUCCUUCAGGUCAUCUGAGACAUCCGCGUGUCUUUGCCGCUGUCCCUCCCCGACAGCCCUCUCAUCCCACUGGGGCACCAUCUGCCUCCCUACGCUCCCCCCUUCGCACCGGUCCGGGUCCUUCCCCCCUCCCCUGCCCCCAGUAGUCACCAUCCCAGAGGGGAGGAAAGGCGAGCCAGCCAGCCCCUGUAAAUAUGCCUGGAUGGAGGUCUCAGUGGCGUCUCGUCCUGCUGAACUCCCUGACCUGUGGCCUGGAGAUCUGCGUGGCAGCUGGGAUCACAUACGUGCCCCCACUGCUGCUGGAGGCUGGAGUGGAAGAGCGCUACAUGACCAUGGUGCUAGGCAUUGGUCCAGUGCUUGGCCUCUUGUUCAUCCCUCUGAUUGGCUCAGCCAGUGACCACUGCAACAGCAGUUAUGGCAGACGACGGCCAUUCAUCUGGCUGCUGUCUUUAGGAGUCCUUUUGGCGCUUGUCAUCAUUCCCCACGCUGAUGUACUGGCCACACGCUUUGCCUGGGGUGGGCAAACCCUUCAGGUGGGCUUCCUCAUCCUCGGGGUGGGGCUCCUUGACUUUUGUGGACAAGUGUGCUUCACACCUCUGGAAGCCCUUUUGUCGGACCUGUAUCGAGAAGAGGAGGACUGCGGCCAAGCCUUCGCCAUGUUCUCCUUCAUGGUCAGCUUGGGGGGCUGCAUUGGUUAUUUGCUGCCCGCACUUGACUGGAGUCGUGGCCUCCUCUCUGUUUACCUGGGAGGCCAGGCUGAGUGCCUCUUUUUCCUCCUCAUCCUCAUCUUCGUCUCCAGUGUGCUCAUCACCAUGAAGGUGUCUGAGGAGCCCUUGUGCGCCAGCAGUGGCUUGGCCGGGUCAGGAUCGUUACUGGAGACGGGGGCUGGCGCGAUAGAGAGUGGCCGGUACGGCGUGCCGCGCUCCUGCUGCUACCUGCUGAAGUGUAAGCUGAGGCUGCUGAAGUCUGGACCGCUGCUGUGCCUGCUGAGAACAUGCUGGUCCAUGACCCCGGCUAUCUACAGGAGCUACUGCCAUGUCCCGCGGGUGAUGCGGCAGCUGUGUGUGGCUCAGCUCUGCAGCUGGAUGGCUGUCAUGUCUUUCAUGCUUUUCUACACAGACUUUGUGGGGGAAGGCCUGUAUGAGGGCGUGCCCAGCGCAUUACCAGGAAGUGUGUCCAGGCAGAGAUACGACGAAGGUAUCCGUAUGGGAAGUCUGGGCCUGUUCCUGCAGUGUGCUACCUCAACCUUCUUCUCCCUGGUCAUGAGUCGUUUGGUUCGCCACUUUGGCUCACGGUGGGUCUACCUGAGCAGCAUGGUGAGCUUCACACUCUCAGCUUUGGUCAUCUGCCUGUCCAAAAGUGUGGUCCUGGUCACUGUAAUGGCGGCCCUCACUGGCUAUGCGUACGCCACCCUGCAGACCCUGCCCUACACACUCACCUGCCACUACCACAAGGAGAAAGAGGUCUAUAUGCCAAAAAAGAAAACCAAAAGCAUGCAUAAAAAUGGCAUUACAUCCAAGCUGGACUCCGUGUAUUUGACUCCUGUGGAAGAGGAGGCUGGACUGAACCACAAAACAGGGACUCCCAACGGGAAUGCCUUCUUUGGCCAGGACAGUUACGAGUACUACCCCGGUCCACAUGGCCAGAACGGCUCCUCUCACAGCGCUGUCGGCGGUGAACAGGAGGAGGCCGAGUUAGGCUUUGAGAAACGUGGCGUGGGUUUGGACUUUGCCAUUUUGGACAGCACCUUCCUCCUCUCUCAGGUUUUUCCCACCCUCUUCAUGGGCACGAUCGUUCAGUUCGCACAGUCCGUCACUGCCUACAUCGCCUCCUCUGCCAUCUUUGGUGCCGUCGCCAUCUACUUGGCCGGUCACAUCAUCUUUGACCAAAAGGACCUCAAAAGAUGAGACUUGGAUGCAAAAGAUGCAGCAGUGAUGAUUAAUCAAUCAGUCAUUCAGGUUCCUUGGGUGGAACUCAACGAUGCACUACUGUUUCCAGAAUGCCUUGCGCUAUUACUGUGUGUUUGCUCUUGCUUGGGAAAAUGUGUUUCUGUCAGCGUGUGGCAGGUUACAGGCAGAAGGCCAUAAAAGACGUGUUAUCUGCCAAUAAGGUGCAGGUUCCUUAUCAGAGCAGGGCCUGUUAGGCUUUCUGCCACCUGAGGAGUCAACAGCACCUGUUUGCUCGAGUCAGGUGCGGCACUCUGUACUGAGUGUAUUUGAAUCCUAUAGAAAUCUCCCUCCAGAACAUUUGUUGUGACAUCCUUUCUGUCCAUUGUCUUUUUCCUCAGGUACCACAAACAGAUUUACUGUAGAACUCAUCAACCUCAGCUACACAGCUACUAACCUUUUAAGUGUUCUCUUACGGCUUCCCAUUUUCAAAAGUACAGUCUGUUUUUUUUUUACUCAAACAACAUGUCAGAGACAGUUUUGGCUUGUUCAUACUCACCUGCAGCUUUACUAAGCCAGUCCGGGGACUGGUCAUCAUGCCAUUGAGACAGGCCUUUCUUUCUUCAUAAUGGCAGCAUGGAGAGAUUAAUACAACAUACCAAUAUCUACCCCUUCAGAAAAUACAGAAAAUACAGUUACAAGUGGGACCAUUGUCUUGUCCAUCCAGGAUGGAAAAAAAAACACCUAAAGGGGUUGUUCAGUGAAUAAGUAGUGCAACUCCAUAUACCGAUUUAAGGAAAAAAAAAGUGGUGAAAAUAUAUUUGUCUUCUAUUCUCUUCAAGGUGUCUAGCUCCAAAAAUGUGGAUCCUACAUUUCCCAUAAUGCAUCUCUGCAUUACCAUUCAGUAUCAUUCACCUCUACCAUUUAAGUGCCAUCAUCAUCUUUUUUUAAUGUGAUGCCCGCAGUUUGUAAGGUCGUUCUUCUUUCUGAUAUUUCAAAUCCCACACCUAACUCAAGAUAACGCUGAUGACAUCACUUUAUGACAUCAUCAGGGUUAUUCUCUCAGACCCGACAAAGCAGGGGACAUUUAAAUGGACCUUUUAUGUGUGAAAUUGUCGGAACACCCCUUUUAAACUUGCAGCUGCACUCUCCACAUCUAGUGUCAACCAAUAAUUAAUGAACAGUUUUACUGUAAAUAUUUUGUAUACGAAUUUACUGUAUAUCCCUAUGGGAAUUUUAUUAUGCAACCUGUUGAGGUGAGGUUACCAACUGUGGUGGUUCGAGAAUGAAGCUGUUUACUGGAACUGGAAAUAGUGCAUCAAAUGACCUCUGUCUAAAUAAUCAAGAGUAGUCUGGUCGAGUGGGACUGCCCAUCAUGCCCAAUUAUGGUUCUGAUAAGGACGGUCGUCUCAGGGUUGGUUUAAGUAUCCCAUCCAGUCCUUGUGCCACUGAUGAAAACACUUUCUGUUCUGCCUAAUCCUACAUGUUGUCCUGUAUUCUCAAAUGACAAUCUAGGACAUCCAGAUGGGCCCGUUAUAUAAUGUAAGCAUGUAGGGCGAUGUCUGAUUGAAUCCCACUUCAUAGCACCCAUUCCUGAAAGACCAAAAAAGCAAACAAACUGUAAUGCAGCAACUGGAAAUAUUUGGUUACUGAAAAAGAUGCGAGAGUAGGCAAUGUAUAUGGUGGGCUGAAGGAUAAGGAGCCGAAUUGAGGUGCGUGUGUGUGUGUGCGACUGUGUGUGUACAUGGAGGACAGACGGUGUGAAAGUAUGAGUAAUAUAUAAGUGUAAGGCUAAAGAAAAUGGUGUGCUGUUCUUUCUCAUUGCUUACGACUUCAGCCCGGCCCGUACGAUGCUGUAUGUCACGACGUACUGUGGCUUUCAGUUGAGCUUUUCAAAUUGUCCGGUUGUUGUAAACACCGGCAAGAGAGCGCAUUUCGUCUCCAGGCUGCGUGAUCCUACACGAGGGGUUGAUGAAUUGGGUUCCGCAGAUACAAAUAGCCCCUGAAGGAUCUUAUUGCCUGAGGCGUGCUCAGCGUGAGACAAGUAAAAAAGAAGGCAAAGGAUUUGUCUGUCACGCAGACACUGCUGCAGAGUCAAUCGUUCAAGCAACCCAAUUAUCCUACUUACCCCUGAAAUGCACAGGAAAAUAUUGGUCUGGCUGUAGCUUAAGUGUCAGGAAAGAAAAAAAAAAAAAAAAAGAAAGAUGUUUUACAAGUGCCUGUACAUUUUUCAACACCCCCCCCCCCCCCCCCCCCCCCCUUUUUUUGUACAUAUGUAUUUAUUUAUGCUUUUAUUACAAAAUAGCACGUAUUAAACUAUUGGCCUCUUUGCCAUCUUUCCGAGAUGCAAGGGUGAAGGCUGCCUCUGUGAAAAAGAUAAAUUAUUUGUAUAGAUGUGGUAUAGAAGCAUCAUCAAAGCUAUAAUUUAUUUAACAUUACCCACUUUAUCCUGAAGCUUCGAUAACGUCACAGAACCUUUAGCUGCUGUAUCGAACCAGCUGCAGGUGAGAAUACCCAAAAUGAUCUGAAGUCGCCCCUUUGGUCACCAUCCGUGCAGCCUGGACUGAGAUGCUCUGUAGGUUGUUCUUUUUUUUUUUUGUCAGGUGUGAAUAAGAAACCUCAUCACUUUAUCAACACUGCUUUAUCUGGGUCUUGUAUAACCACUUGUUUCUUAUCAGAGAUCUGUUUUUAUUGUUACGCUUAGCAGAUAAACACUGCAGUUAUGCUUGACUGGAUGACUCGUUUUCAGUCCCUGUUGCUCUCAACCAAAUGUCCUUUUUUCACUUUAGAGAAGAAGAAGAAGAAAAAAAAGUGCCAAUGGUCCGAUCAUUUUGAGGCCAGAAGUCGUGUUCUGAUGUGAUUGUUCAGGUUUUUGAUUCAUACGUGUCUUUUGUGAUUAAUGCAUUCAGCCAUAACAAAAAGUCCCAUUUCUUUUUCAUUGUACAUCCAUCAGAUUGUUUCUAAAUAUGCAGUUACCAAAUAGAUUUUAUACAUAAUAAAAGAACUGCAUUGUUAAUGA